AAGAAGCUGAAACUCUCCAUCCUUUACCCUGCAACCACCGGUCGCAACUUCAGUGAGAUUCUGAGAGUAUUGGACUCUCUGCAACUUACUGUCAACAAGAAGGUCGCAACUCCUGCUGACUGGACGAGUGGAGCAGAGUGUAUGGUUCUGCCAAAUGUGUCUGAAGGUGAUGCCAAGCAGCUGUUCCCACUGCAUCGCACUGUCGAGGUGCCUUCUGGGAAAUCUUACAUCCGAAUCACACCUCAGCCAAAGUAGAGGGCCUCUGCCAAUAGCUAUAUAGGAAUUUUGAUUUGACUGAAUUUUGAUUUGACUGAAAUGAGGCUGAUUUAUAUCAAAAUACACGAUCAUGAAAAUGGUUUGUGUUUCCAGCAACGGCGCCACCGCCUGCCCCGGGCACCCCGGCCCCUCCUCCUGGACGAGCUGUCGAGGUAUGCAUGACGAACAUGGAGCGCCGGACCUUGGACAGGGUGUGGGCAAGGUCAGACUGUGAUGGCAUGGGGUCCUCCCAGAAGAAGUCGUGAUUCAGAGCUCCGUCACUGUCCAGCCUCUUCUUGGGGUCCAGGACCAGUAGUUUAUCAAUGAGGUCUAUGGCGUGCAUGUCUCUCACAUAGUGGCGCAGUCUCUCUCGAAUCCUUCUCUUCUGGUCCGAGGGCAGCUGCAGUUUACAGUACAGCUCCAGACUCUCCACUCCGGGCCAGACCUCAGGGGUGAUGGAGCCACACAGGUUGCUG